UCUAUCAAGCCUCCCAGUCACCACAGCAGCAGACUCUCUCGCGUCGACGAUGGGUUAUUAUUCGCUGCCCUUCUCCGUCCUCUCACGGUUAAAGGCAACGCAGAAGACCGCAAGGGCUCCGAGAGAUUAAAGAAAUAUCUAUUUUACCGAUAGAAGCGUCAUCAGCCUGGACAACCAAGAUGAAAUUUCCGAGUGAGAAUCCAAGAAAACCAGGGACCAGCCCGUCACCAGUGGCUGUUCAGACUAACCUGGUCCCACCCAAAAUGAUGCAGCCAGGUAUGCUUCAAUCCAGCCUUGUGCACGCCAGCGUGGCUACCAUGCAAAACCCGAUGGGCUGCUCUUUGCCCCGACUGUCAAUCUCCCGGCCCACGAGCAUGGUGGCCAGCAUGGAGGCAGUAGUUGAUGGCUCAGCUCCUUUUACCAUGAUGAAACUGAAGACGGUGCUGGCAGUUUUCGUGGUGGUAGUGGCCUACUUGGUGGCAGGAGGACUAGUGUUCCAAGCACUAGAGCAGCCAUUUGAAAACAACCAGAAGAUCACUAUCACAGCGGAGAAGGCAGCGUUCCUGCAAAAACACCCCUGUGUGUCCCCAGAUGAGCUGGAGGCUCUCAUCAAACACUCUGUUGAUGCUGUGAACGCUGGUGUGAAUCCUGUUGGUGAUACCUCUUAUAACUCUAGCCACUGGGAUCUGGGUAGUGCCUUCUUCUUUGCCGGAACAGUUAUCACAACCAUAGGGUAUGGUAACAUUGCUCCAAGCACUGAGGGAGGGAAGGUUUUCUGCAUUCUAUAUGCAAUAUUUGGCAUCCCACUUUUUGGAUUCCUCUUAGCAGGGGUUGGUGACCAGCUAGGGACCAUAUUUGUCAAAAGUAUUGCCAAAGUAGAGAAGAUGUUCCGGAAUAAACACAACCAGAUCAGUCAGACAAAAAUCAGAAUAGCGUCCACCCUCCUCUUCAUCCUGGCUGGCUGCAUCCUGUUUGUGACCAUGCCAGCUGUGAUCUUCAAACACAUCGAAGGUUGGACAGCUCUGGAGUCAACAUAUUUUGUCGUCAUCACAUUGACAACUGUUGGAAUAGGAGACUAUGUGGCAGGCGGAAAUCGGAGGAUUGAGUACCGCAAGUGGUACAGACCAUUGGUUUGGUUCUGGAUCCUUGGUGGUCUGGCCUAUUUUGCUGCAGUGCUAAACAUGAUUGGCGACUGGUUGAGGGUGCUAUCCAAAAAGACCAAAGAAGAGGUUGGGGAAAUCAAGGCCCAUGCAGCAGAGUGGAAAGCAAAUGUGCGAGCGGAGCUGAGAGAGACAAGGCGGCGUAUGAGUGUUGAGGUCAGUGACAAACUUCAGCGAGCUGCCACCAUCCGCAGCAUGGAAAGACGACAGCUCGGCCUGGAUCAGCGUGCGAUGUCCAUGGAUAUGCUUUCUCCAGAACGCCGAGCCAUCUUCAACAGCCUGGACACCAGCAGCUACAAAACCUCCUCUCAGGAGAGUAUUGACACUAAGUUGAACAAUCUUCGACUAAGGGGCGGUGAGCAGUGCGACCGUCAGUCCAACCACCAUACCACAUCUGAGGACAACAUUUUUAACCGCCUUGGUUCGGUCACCAAACUGGCAAAACGCAACAGGAAUCGGGACUUGAAGACGAACAUCACAGAAGAAGCUCGCCGUCCUCAUAGUGAAGCCUAUGGUUGGAUCACGGCCACAUUUGAUUGUAGCACUCCUGUUGUGGAUGAAGUGACAAGGAAGGAUGAGGAACAUGAAGAGACUGAAGACAAAGAGUGCAAUACCAGCUUGUCUGAAUUUCCAUUGUUUGUUGAAGCUUACAAAUCACAUAAUGGGGUUAAUAUUGAGCAAACCAAAGAGAACAAGAAUGAUGAAACACUUGAAAUGAAAGAGCUGCAUAUUGACAUGGGCACAUAGCAGUAUGUAUGUCAAAGCAAUGUUUUACAAUGCCACCAUUUGUGCCUUAGGUUUUCUCUUUUGCCAGUAUGUGCUUAUGCAGUAAUAAUGCCUGCCUCUUUGUGCUACAGUGUAUAAGGGUUCCUAUUUGUUUACUGACCCCAAGGUGUCCCAGGUUCUUAAAAAUACCUUCGUUAAUGUAGCAUUAAAUUAUGGUCAUACUUUAUACAGUCCACAGCGCA